GUCUGGGAGGCAGUCUCUACAGCCUCGGGCCAGAGGGUGUGGGAGACGCGAAAGGGUACCCAAGAGGGGCCAUUUGUCCGGUCUCCUAAUGGGGCUCGGCUUCUGCCGACGAAGAGGAGCAUUCGGGCUUUAGGGAGGAUGCCGGAAAGCAGGUACCCACGGGUCAUUCUGUCUGUACGUAUGUGCGUCUGUGGCUGCAGACCGGCGAGUCGUCGACUGUCUCCCCUCCACUUGACUGGCCUACUCAUCUGGACGGUUGGGCAGUUUGGCUGGUCUGGUCUGUCUGAACGUCUCGUGAGUAGAGGCCGUGGCGAAGAUGACCCUCACCCAAUACCUCUUGCCCGCCGUUACGACCUGCCCGUCUCGAUGGUGGUUACACGAACAGACGAGAGAGCCCUGAACGCCUGA